AUGGAAGAAGAGGAUGACUGUCAGUCCCCCAUUGUCGACGAGAAACUUUCCACCGAAACGAGACUGGACGUUUCAGCAAGUACCGAGUUGGAGAUGAAAAAAUCGGUACCAAAAGAUUCGUCAGUGGAUCUUCAAGUUCUGACCGGCCGAUCUAUGGAACUCUUCAAUCGAAUGGAUCUAGAUAAAGAGAGAAACGAAGGUUCAUCGUUGGAUCAGCAAGCGCCGGCGACAGAAUCCAUACCGGAAGUGGACAACGAGGACAACUGGUUGUCGUAUCUCGAUUGCGACGCGAUCUUCGACGUGACUUGUGAAAAUCUGUCCUAUUACAAUUCGACCAAAGCGGAGAAAGGUAGCGACAGUGAUCUCGACGACACGUUAACGUUCGACGAUGCCGAAGACUGCGAGACCUUGGCUCGAGACGAAGGCUCGUCGAACGAUUCGUGCUGCCAGCAAAUCGUCGACGAUUUCGAACGAUUGCCGAACAGAAAUUUCGUUGUUUCGUCAAAAAUAUCAUCGAUGGAGAUCAAGAUCGAUCGUCCAACUGCAUCUGAGAAUGCAGCUUUGACGGAGGAUGACAUCACCGAAAGUGAAAUGAUAAAAGAAAGUAGCAACGAUGGCGACAAAGAGAAUUAUAAUGAAAAUUUGCGAGAUGAAUCAAAGAAUCUUGACGAUGAUAAGAUUGAAAAAGAGGAGCAGCUAUUGUCUGACACUUACGAUUUCUCCAGCGACUCCGACGACGAACAGGAGAGGAAGUUGAUUUAUUCCUCCCCUACUGUGAACAUUUCCGCUUACUUCAAGUUCAGAGAUAAUUUGAAGGAUUCGAAACUAGAAGCAGCCUUGAAUCAGCUCGAUCCGAAAAUGCUUCGCGAUAAAGAACCUCUGACACUGGAAGAAGUUGAAGAAACGUCAACAAAGGAGCGAACGGAUGAGAGUGAAACGGAGAAGAGUUUGAUAGAACCUGCGGAAGAAAAAGGACCUAAGUACGUGGAAUCAAGGUCUCCGGAGGGAUAUCUGGAAGAGUUAGCUCGGAUCACCGAGUCGAGUUGCCCGAAAACCGAGGAGCAGGUGCAGGAGAGAUUGAAAAGGAUCGCCGAAGGGAAAGCGGAAAUAGAAAAGUGGAAGAACGAGGCGUUGAAGGAUCUAUCGGUAGAAUUCGAGGAGGUUGAGAAACUCCUCCUGGAACAGAAAGCUCUGAAGAAAAAUCAGUCAACCGAGGAGUUCGACAGCGAAUCCGAGGAAUUUCUGAAAACCGACAUCGAGAUGCCUUUGACGAAAGAUCAAAUAGCUGAGAGUUUCAAAUCGAAAACGGAGGAGGAGGACAAACGUCGUACGGAAAUGUUGCAAGAAUGUAUACAAGUUAUUCCGAGAGACGAAGACACGGAACAGUCCGUAGAAGAAUCAUUUGAUGAUGAAGUAAGAACGAAGAAGUCUGAAACUUUGUGUACGAACGAUGACUCGAAAGCUGUUGAAACAAUAGUCGGUGGAAUCGUGCAGGACAUUAUUCUUGACACAGAGGAUUCUUUAUUUUGGCGGUUUGGCACGGACCAGGAAGAGAGGACGUAUAUCAAAGGGAAAGUGUACGAGUUCGACGAAAAGAAGCAUGGCGCCAGAAUGACCGAGGAUUUCCUGAAGAAGCAUUGCAAGCUGACCAAGCUCUAUCAGACACCUUAUUUGAACGACGUGCUCUAUCUACAUUUCAAAGGUUUCUCUUUCAUCGAGAAUCUAGAAAAGUACACGGGCCUGAAGUGUCUCUAUUUGGAGAACAACGGUAUCAGGGAGAUCGCCAAUCUAGAGAAUCAAAGCGAAUUAAAGAGUUUGUACCUUCACAACAACCUAAUCAGCAAAAUCGAGAAUCUUCAUUACCAGACGAAGCUGAACACACUGAAUCUAUCUCACAACACUAUAAGGAGGAUCGAGAAUCUCGAUAGCCUCAAGUUCCUGAAUACUCUAAACCUGUCGCACAACUACAUACAAGACACCGCUGACAUUGAGCAUCUCCGAUUGCUCGACAGUCUCUCGGUACUGGAUAUUUCUCACAACAGGAUAAAGAGCAAUCAAGUUGUUAAUAUUCUAGGGGACAUGAAGGAGUUAAGAGUGGUGUGUCUAACGGGCAACCCAGUUUUGAAAUUGAUCAAACUGUACCGAAAGACGAUGAUCCUGAAAUGCAAAAAUCUGAGAUAUCUCGACGACAGACCGGUGUUUCCGAGAGACCGUGCCUGCGCCGAAGCUUGGAUGCGCGGAGGGCCGUCCGAAGAGGAUGCCGAAAGGAAACGGUGGAUCGAGGCGGAGCAGAAGAAAAUCAAUGACAGCGUGCGAGCCCUGAUAAACAAAAGGAAGCUGUACAAACCGGUCGGGACGUCCGAAAAGGAGGCGGAGGAUAAGAAGAAGACGGCGGAGGAUGAAGAAGAAGUAGCUGCCACGAGCAAGCUCGUGUGCACGAGCAACGAACUGCUCAAGCUGGAGAAGAAGAAAAACUCAGCUGUCUCAUCCCCUUGCGGCUCCUCCGCGUCCUCCUCCGACGAAGAGGUGGAGAACGACGGAUUCGGGGAAAAAGUGAUCGAGAAAAGCGACGGAAAGAGGCCAAUGGCGGAGGAAGAAAGAAAAACCACCGUCGAGGACACAGCUGACCUUUUGUUGCCCUGGAAAAUCCAGACGUCGAAGAGCAAGAAGUCGGUGAAAUUAGUGGAAGAGCUGACAGAAGCGAACGAGUACGUAGCAGGUGACGAGGAGAGGAAGAGGUUCGGCGAGGAAAUUUUGGACGAGAGAAGAAGCAUCGAAGAUCCGCCAAGAGAACUGGCCCAUUACGAGAAACUUGUCCCGGAGACGAGCAAUGAGACCGAAGUUACUGCACGAUGUUGUAAGUCGCAACAGGGGGACCAGGGCGAUAGAAAAUCCUUCGAAAGCACCUCCGUCUCCUGCGAUAUUACGUGCCCGAAGAAAAUUGAAAAUCAAACUGUCUGCAAAGAUAUCAUAGAGAAUUAUCGAAGGAAAGACGAGAGGUAUCCUUUCGGUGGUCAAUUAAGCAGCAUCAGGCAGGACAUGAAGGGAUUCUGUGCGGACAUGGACAAGUUUGUCCAGGACAACAAGAUCGUUUUCGAGAACGGCGAUGUGAAAGGAUUCUGGGGCGAGAAGGAGGUGAAAGAAUCGCAGGGAGAUGAAGAAACGGAAUCAUCGGUUAAGGAAGAAAACAGAUGGUGGAACGCGAAGGAGAGGAAAUUGAAGGUACAGAAGAUCCUGGAGGAGCGAGAAGAGAAGGCGAAGAAAAUCGAAAUCGUCGAUGAAAAUGAUAGAAAAGAAGAAAUAAAAGGAGUCUCGUCUUCUGAUAGCGUUUACGGUCUGCUGAAUUUAAGAACGUGUUCGGAGAUUCUUUUAAAAGACGUACAAACUUAUCCGAAAAACGAAGAAUCUGAAUCCUCUGAAUCAACAGAAAGACCGGAAGAACCUUUUUCGAGUGCUGUUUGCUUUUUAUGUAACGAACUGAAUAGUAAAAAUCGAACGAACGGAAAAUUGAAAAUAUCUAAAGCGGACAGUCAUUGCGAAUUGCCAGCCAUAGAUGAAUCCGAAGAAACGAUCGAGGACACUGUUCAACGUAACAAAUUAAAAAAGCUCGACGAAAAGGAACCUGUCGAUGGUGUAUUAAUUAAUUUAACCGACAGCGAGUCAGAUAACGAAUCAGUGGUAACUGUGAUUGAUCUUUACGACGAAUCCGCGAAAGGAAGCGAAUGUUUGCUUCCAAAAUUGAAGAAUUCUGCUGUAAACGUGAACGCUUUAAAAGAAGGCAAGUCGAAAUGUUUCCUUCGAGUUUCCGAGGGUGUCAAGAUGGCAAAUGAUAACACAGAGACUCAUCGAUCGAAGGUUGAAGAUUCGAGUAACGCGAUAACUUCGAAUCAUUCUUUGAAACCGCACAAGAGAAUUGGCGACUGCGACAACGCGGAUGUCGCUGUCAAAAAGUCUCAUCUAAUCGAAGAAAUUGAUUCAGAAAGGGAUUUAAAUAACCGAAAAAUCGAUCACGAGGUGGCAGAAAGAUGUAGACGGCACAUGAUGAAGGAAGCGAAGACGUUUAUGAAGAAGAAAUCUCCUUUGAUCGAUAAGUACGUAGAAAAUUUUAUAAUCAAUAAAAAGUCCCAGGGAAAUGUUAUUUCGAGGAACUACGAGCAAAUGGAUUUCUUGGAUUUAACUUGUGCGAAAACGAUUUUCCAAAAAUCUUUCGACGAUUCUGAAAAGUCUCAAAGGAAACUCAAAGAGUCAUCCAACGUGAAAGACGUGGAAGAUAAAUCGAAAUUCUACAAGUCAAACGUUGAAUCAGUCGCUGAUCUUCUGAAGGAUUCGGAAAAUUUCGAAAAACAUGAGAUCAAGAGGAGCAUGGAUCUUUAUAAAGAUUUCUGUGAACACUUGGAGCAAAGGAACAGCGACAGGAAACUUUUGAUCGAGCCGGAUUUUAUGAAAAGCGAGAAAAUAGAUGCCGAGGAAAAGAAAUGCGAAGUUCUAUCGUCAAUGGAGACGAAACAGUCGAAGGAGGAACAAACAAAGCCAUUGAUCGAGGUGAUUGCAGAUGAUCCAAGAAACUUGGAAGACGUGGAACAGGCUGAAGACCGAUCAUCCGUUGACUCGGAAGCUUUCACGAUGGAUCCCGCGUUAAGAGAUAAGAUAUUGAAGAGUAUAAACGCCCCAAAAAGUGAGGAGCAGAUUGAAAGAGGGAGAAGGUCGGCUGACAAAUUGAUGAAGAUGUCCAGAGAAGCUAUGGCUAAAGGGAAACCGAUGCUAGAUCAACCGUCCAGUAGCUGUAUUCAACAAUUAGAACCUGACGAAAGCAGAAUAUUCUUUAAGCAUUUAUUAAACGACGAUUCCUCGAAAAAUCUGAAACAAAAUGUUAAUAUAAAAGCAGAAGAAUGUAACGAGUUAUCCUCCAACGAUGAUACUAGUCAAAAGAAAAAUGAUAAAAUAAAGAAAAGUCUGGAGUUGCAGGUCGUGCAAGAAAACUGAAAGCAUUCCAUAGAAAAAUGAAAAAUAUUAACAUAGGUUCUAUAAGUUAAGUUACGUCUCUGUAUUCUCCUUUUCUUGUAUUCAAAUAAACGAGUUGAGCGAAAAUCAAUUGAAAUGAAAAGAAAGAUCAACCGAAGAAUCGAUAAAACGACGGAUGUUAAAAUACAGAGUCGACGAUCUUCUACUACGUACACUUUAUUUUUCAUUUUCUUGUCCACACUCACAUCAAUUAUAUAAUAAUAAUAAUGAUGAUGGCGGUGAUCCGGUGAACCGUAAUUAAUAGUAAGAAUAAUUAAUCCGUAAUUAUGCGUAAUGACAAUCGGCUGCUUGCAAACGAAACAACAGUCUCCGACGUUUUUACGUUCUCGUCGUUCACGAGGACGAAUCGGGACCCGAAAAUCCAUCCUUCGAUAAUCCCGUGUCCUCUUAAAAGCUUGGCAAAAAGCUCGUGAUACUUUUAUACGUUUAUAUAGGAUGAUAUCGGAAUGGAAUUUUUUCUUUCCCUUUUUUUUUUUUCUUUUUUCUUCGCAACGUUCUCGUCAAACCUUGUUUCUUACACAUUUAAUCGCUUUUACAUUUCCAUUCGUCAGAGUUCUUCUCUUGUUUUCUUUUUCUUCUUUCAUUUCUAUUCGACCAUUUCCCUUUCCGUACGUUCAGCUCGUUUAUUUCAUAUAAUAAUACACGCCAGACGAAUGUCGUUCUCGCGUGUGCUCUUAAAAACUAUCUUAUACUGCUCUCUCUCUCUCUCUCUUUCUCUCUUGCUCAUCGCAGGAAGUAAAGAAACGUACAGAUACAUUAUACUCCACUGUUUCUAUAAUUAUUACAAUAAUAGAUUUAUAAAUUGUUCUCACAUUCCCUCACCCAUACACACUGAUUUUCCUUCACGCUCCUUUCACGCGACAUCAAGCAGAGAAAAAAAGAUCAAACAUUCGCGCACUUGUUAAUCGUAAAAUUGUUCAUACACGAUUUUCACACGCUCACGCAUUCGUUUGCUCCCUAAUUGUAAGUUAUCCUCUUGAACUAUACCGACCAUCAUCGAGGAAGUGGUUGUCGAUGAUCAGAGUCGGGAAAGUGUUAAAAACAUUGAUUAAUUAAUUGAUCUCGACUAUUUUAUCGGAUAAAUCAAGAUCGGAGAAGACGAUAGGAAGUGUCCCGAGGUCAAUAUCACGUGGCGUUACAAAGUUAUGGCCAUUUUAAAAAAUCACAAUUUUAUGCUGGCUGAAGAGAACUAAGCUAAGCUAAGUUAGAGACUAAUUAUUCUAGCCGAGGAAAACUAAGCUAAUCUAAAUUAGAAACUAACUACUCUAGCUGAAGAGAACUAAGCUAAGCUAAGUUAAAGACUAGCUUUUCUAGCUGAGGAGAACUAAGCUAAGCUAAUUCAAAGGCUGGCUAUUCUAGCUGAUAAGUUAAGUUGGGUUAGGUUAGGUUAUUUUUUGAAUUCGAAAUUAUCGGAAAAUUUUUGAAAAAUUGUGAUUUUUUAAAAUGGCCAUAACUUUGUAACGCCACGUGAUAUCGACCUCGGGACACUUACUAUCGUCUUCUCCGACCUUGAUUUAUCCGAUAAAAUAGUCGAGAUCAAUUACCUGGGAAACUGCAAUCCAACCUUGAUUAUGAUUAAAAACAAUCGGAAUAUUUUAUCUUUCUAUUUCUAGAAUAGAUUCAAAGGAUUAGAAAUAAAUAAAAAAAAGAAUUGAUAGAAUUCUACGAUCAUCGAUAAACACUUCCUUGGUCACAUUUGUGUAUACAUACGUUUAUCUCUUUGGGUUUAAAUCUUCGCUUAUUAUAUCGUAUCGUUAUAGCGUCGGUUGCUCUGUUGCUUCCGUCGCGGUUAAUUAGUUUAAUUGUUUAAUGCAUGACAGCCCUUACACGUUACGUUACAGAGAGAGAGUGUGUACCUUAACGACUAAUGCUUGUAAUAUUAAAAAAGAGUUCUUUCGGGUUAUCGAACUAAAUGAAAUGAAACGUCUCGAGAAGCUCGCCGCUACGCGAAAUUCUUUCUUUCCUUUAUCAUGCUCGAUUUCAUUCUCGCGAUCCGGGUAAUUAAUCGACAAGUUUGGAUGAAUAAUAUUAACCCUUGGACGGCGGACCAUGGAGAAAGCCACAAUUUGAAUGUAAUUUUGUAUUUCAUAAUAUUAUUUUCAUU